AUGCCGCUCACGGAACAAAUCGAGCAAUUCGCCAGUAGGUUUCGCGAUGCUGAUGCAACUUUACAAUCAAGGUAUUCUACCCUAUCAGAGCUGUACGAUAUAAUGGAACUACUAAAUUCUCCCGAGGACUACCAUUUUUUCUUACAGGCUGUGGUAUCUUUACUCCUCAAUCAACUGAAGGAAGUGCCCAUUUCAUUCGAUGCAUAUUCGCCGGAACAAAAGCUAAGAAAUUCUAUGCUUGAUAUUUUCAAUAGAUGUCUUAUGAACCAAACCUUUCAACCAUACGCAAUGGAGGUGCUUGAAUUUUUACUUUCGAUCCUGCCAAAUGAGAAUGAGGAAAAUGGUAUACUAUGUAUGAAAGUGUUAACGACGCUUUUCAAAUCAUUCAAAUCAGUUUUACAAGAUAAGCUUGAUUCAUUCAUACGGAUAAUUAUCCAGAUUUAUAAAAAUACACCAACUCUUAUCAAUCAAACAUUUUAUGAAAGUGGAAAGGUACAAGUUGAUGAUUUGGAUUCACCAAAACAAUCUCAGGAGGACGAACUACUUGAUGAACUCUCUAAAAGUGACGAAGAUAAAGACUUCCCAUUGAAGCAAUCAUCUACUGAGCCAAGAUUUGAAAACUCCAACUCAUCAAAUGGGUUGAGAUCGUCUAUGUUUUCUUUCAAAAUUCUCUCAGAAUGCCCUAUAACAAUGGUCACUCUAUAUUCAUCUUACAAGCAGUUAACCAGUACUUCGUUACCAGAAUUUACCCCUCUGAUAAUGGAUCUGUUAAAUAUACAAAUCAAACAACAACAAGAGGCGAGGGAACAAGCAGAAUCUCGUGGAGAACAUUUCACUUCUAUCUCAUUAGAGAUCACCAAUAGGCCAGCUUACUGUGAUUUCAUAUUGGCCCAAAUCAAAGCCACCUCCUUCUUGGCCUAUGUGUUCAUCAGGGGUUAUGCUCCUGAAUUUUUACAAGAAUAUGUCAAUUUUGUCCCAGACUUGAUUAUUAGACUCCUACAAGAUUGCCCCUCUGAACUAUCAUCUGCAAGAAAAGAACUUUUACAUGCGACCAGACAUAUCCUAUCCACAAACUAUAAAAAACUCUUUUUGCCGAAACUAGACUAUUUAUUCGAUGAGCGUAUACUUAUUGGGAACGGUUUUACUAUGCACGAAACAUUGAGGCCGCUGGCUUAUAGUACGGUAGCAGAUUUCAUCCAUAACAUUAGGUCUGAAUUACGACUGAGUGAAAUCGAAAAAACCAUAAAGAUUUACACCGGAUAUUUGUUGGAUGAGUCAUUAGCUUUGACCGUUCAAAUCAUGAGUGCAAAAUUGCUGCUUAAUUUAGUGGAAAGAAUAUUAAAAUUGGGCAAGGAGAACCCACAAGAAGCGCCCAGGGCCAAGAAAUUACUAAUGAUCAUCAUUGACUCAUAUAUGAAUAGAUUUAAGACCCUUAACAGACAGCACGAAACAAUAAUGAAGUAUUAUGGCAAAUAUGAAACGACUAAAAAAGAGAAAGCAGAAAAACUCAAAAAUUCUAUACAGAAUAAUGAAAAAGAGAGCGAGGAAUUUAUGAAAAAGGUGCUUGAGCAAUCUGAUGACGACAACUUGAUACCACAACUUGAGCAAGAAAAUGACGAUAGAAAAUCAGAGGCUGAAAUUACAGAAGCUCCCGAAGAGGAGAAUGUCAUUGAAAUGUUCGACAUAAAAAACUAUGCUCCAAUAUUAUUACUGCCCACACCAACAAAUGAUCCUAUCAAAGACGCCUUUUACUUGUACAGAACAUUAAUGUCUUUCUUGAAAACAAUAAUUCAUGACUUAAAGGUCUUUAAUCCGCCACCCAAUGAAUAUACGGUUGCCAAUCCUAAAUUAUGGGCGUCUGUGUCUAGAGUAUUUUCGUAUGAAGAGGUUAUUGUUUUCAAAGAUCUAUUCCAUGAGUGCAUUAUUGGUUUAAAGUUUUUCAAAGAUCACAACGUGAGGCUAUCUCCUACGCUAACGAAGAAACAUUUCGACAUAUCAAUGCCCAGUUUGCCAGUCUCAGCUACUAAGGAUGCCCGUGAAUUAAUGGACUACUUGGCAUUUAUGUUCAUGCAAAUGGAUAAUGCCACCUUUAACGAAAUAAUUGAGCAGGAACUGCCAUUCGUCUAUGAAAGAAUGUUAGAGGAUUCAGGAUUGUUACAUGUUGCCCAAUCAUUUUUAACAAGUGAAAUAACAUCUCCAAAUUUCGCUGGUAUUCUUUUAAGGUUCUUGAAUGGCAAAUUAAAGGAUUUAGGAAACGUUGAUUUCAACACUUCCAACAUUCUAAUACGACUUUUCAAAUUAUCCUUUAUGUCUGUUAACCUCUUUCCAAAUAUAAAUGAGGUCGUUCUUCUCCCACACUUGAAUGAUCUAAUCUUGAACUCUCUAAAGUACUCCACUACUGCGGAAGAGCCUUUAGUCUAUUUUUAUCUCAUUAGAACCCUCUUUAGAAGUAUAGGCGGUGGUAGGUUCGAGAACCUAUAUAGAUCGAUCAAGCCCAUACUACAAGUAUUGCUACAAUCCUUGAACCAAAUGAUACUUACUGCAAGGUUACCUCAUGAGAGAGAACUUUAUGUGGAACUAUGCAUUACCGUACCGGUUCGUUUGAGCGUCCUAGCUCCUUACCUGCCAUAUCUGAUGAAGCCAUUAGUAUUUGCAUUGCAGCAGUAUCCAGAUCUCGUUUCACAAGGUUUGAGAACAUUAGAACUGUGUAUUGAUAAUCUGACCGCCGAGUAUUUUGAUCCAAUAAUUGAACCUGUAAUCGAUGACGUUUCGAAGGCCUUAUUUAAUCUUUUACAACCUCAACCAUUUAAUCAUGCCAUCAGUCAUAAUGUGGUCAGAAUAUUGGGAAAGUUAGGAGGUAGAAACCGUCAAUUUUUGAAACCACCAACUGAUCUCACAGAGAAAACGGAGCUAGAUAUUGAUGUCAUAGCCGAUUUUAAGAUUAACGGUAUGCCAGAAGAGGUUCCGCUCUCAAUAACACCAGGCAUCCAAUCUGCUUUGGAUAUAUUAGAAAGCUACAAGAGCGAUAUUCACUAUAAGAAAAGUGCUUACAAAUAUCUAACUUUUGUACUGCUAUUAAUGACUAAGUCAUCUGCAGAAUUUCCUAAAAAUUACACAGAAUUAUUGAGGACGGCAGUGAAUUCCAUUAAGCUAGAGAAGAUUGAAUUGAAAAAAAACUUCGAUUUUGAACCGACUGUAAACAAAAGAGACUUUUCGAAUCAAGAAAGUUUGUUCUUGAGGUUACUGGAGAGCGUUUUCUACGCAACUUCGAUUGAAGAGCUAAAAGAUGAAGCAGUGACUCUCCUAAAUAAUCUGUUGGAUCAUUUUUGUCUAUUACAAGUCAAUACUACUUUACUGAACAAAAGAAACUAUAACGGAACAUUCAAUAUUGAUUUGAAGAACCCAGAUUUCAUGUUGGACAGCUCAUUGAUUUUGGAUGCUAUUCCCUUUGCCCUUUCAUAUUAUAUUCCAGAAGUUCGUGAAGUAGGUAUUUUGGCCUACGAGAGAAUAUAUGAAAAGAGUUGUCUGAUAUACGGAGAAGAACUAGCUUUAAGUCAUUCGCUCAUACCGGAAUUGGCUAAACAAUUCAUCCAUUUGUGUUACGAUGAAACAUAUUAUAACAAAAGGGGCGGUGUGUUGGGUAUAAAAGUCUUGAUUGACAAUGUCAAGUCGUCCUCAGUUUUCCUAAAAAAAUACCAGUAUAACCUAGCAAAUGGACUACUGUUUGUAUUGAAAGACACUCAAAGCGAGGCUCCCUCAGCUAUAACAGAUAAUGCCGAGAAAUUACUAAUAGAUCUGUUGGGCAUUACUUUCGCGGAUGUAAAAGAAGAAGAUUUGGGCAACAAAGUUCUAGAAAACACGUUGACUGAUAUUGUAUGCGAAUUAAGUAACGCAAAUGCGAAAGUAAGGAAUGCUUGCCAAAAAUCUUUACACACAAUUUCAAAUCUUACUGGAAUUUCCGUGGUAAAAUUGAUGGACCACUCCAAACAAUUUCUUUUGUCACCAAUAUUUGCAAAACCUUUGAGGGCAUUACCAUUUACCAUGCAAAUUGGUAAUGUUGAUGCUAUCACAUUCUGCCUAAGCUUACCAAACACUUUUUUAACAUUUAAUGAAGAAUUAUUUAGAUUACUACAAGAGUCUAUUGUUUUGGCGGAUGCAGAAGAUGAAUCUCUUUCUACAAAUAUUCAGAAAACAACCGAAUAUAGUACUUCUGAGCAGUUAGUACAAUUAAGGAUAGCUUGCAUAAAGUUGCUUGCCAUUGCUCUCAAAAAUGAAGAAUUCGCCACGGCGCAACAGGGAAACAUAAGAAUUCGUAUUUUAGCCGUCUUUUUCAAGACAAUGCUCAAAACGUCACCGGAAAUCAUUAAUACUACAUAUGAAGCUCUGAAGGAGUCUCUGGCAGAAAAUUCUAAAUUGCCGAAAGAGUUACUUCAAAAUGGGCUAAAACCAUUACUAAUGAAUUUAUCUGACCAUCAAAAACUGACGGUUCCCGGUUUAGACGCUUUAUCGAAGCUGCUUGAAUUAUUGAUUGCUUACUUCAAAGUGGAAAUUGGAAGAAAAUUACUAGAUCAUCUCAGUGCAUGGUGCCGUGUCGAAGUUCUUGACACAUUGUUUGGCCAAGAUUUAGUGGAGCAAAUGCCGACCAAAAUAAUUAUAAGCAUUAUCAACAUUUUUCAUCUGCUUCCGCCGCAGGCUGAUAUGUUCUUGAAUGACUUGUUACUCAAAGUUAUGCUUCUAGAGAGAAAGCUACGUCUUCAAUUAGAUUCACCAUUUCGUACGCCAUUAGCCAAGUACUUGAACCGUUUUCAUGUUCCUGUAACGGAAUAUUUCAAGAAAAAUAUGACAUUAAGGCAAUUAGUUCUUUUCAUGUGUAAUAUUAUCCAAAGGCCAGAGGCAAAGGAUCUUGCUGCAGAUUUUGAGAGGGAACUCGAUAACUUUUAUGACUUCUACAUAUCCAAUAUACCAAAGAAUCAAGUGCGUGUUGUUAGUUUUUUCACCAAUAUGAUAGAUCUAUUCGAUACGAUGGUGAGCACAAACGGAGAUAAUUGGUUGAAAGAAAAAGGCGAUAUGGUUUUGAAACUGAAAGAUAUGCUAAAACUGACUUUGAAAACUAUAAAAGAAAACUCAUUCUAUAUCGAUCACCUACAACUAAAUCAAAGUAUUGAGAAGUUCCAAAAUCUUUAUCUGCGAUACACCGAAUUAUCGGAAAGAAAUCAAAAUUUUUUGCUUUUAGACUUCAUUGAUUUUUCCUUCCUGAAUGGUAUCAAAGCCUCGUAUCCCCUAAAGAAGUUUAUAUUCCGUAAUAUAAUAACAACUUCAAAUAAAGAAGAGCAGAAUAAUUUCAUCAAUGAUGCGAUAGUUUUCGCUAUAUCAGACAGGUGUUUGGAUGCUAAAAUAUUUGUACUAAAAAAUGUUUUGAAUUUCUCUUUGAUAUAUGAAGUUGCCACCGUCGGAUCUCUGAAAAACUUUCUUGUGGACGACAAAAAACCCAAAUGGAUAGAACUACUCCACGAUAAAAUCUGGAAAAAUUCAAACGCAAUUUUAGCACAUGAUGUUGUCGAUCAUCAUGAUCUAUUUCGCUUUGAACUCUUGCAACUGUCAGCAAUUUUUAUUAAAGCAGAUCCAGAUAUCAUAGCCGAAAUAAAGAAAGAUAUAAUAAAGUUUUGUUGGAACUUUAUCAAACUCGAAGAUACUCUAAUCAAACAGUCUGCUUAUUUGGUAACAUCAUAUUUCAUAUCUAAAUUUGAUUUUCCUAUCAAGGUUGUCACCCAAGUCUUUGUUGCUUUACUGCGUUCCUCGCACGUUGAAGCUAGGUACUUAGUUAAACAAUCGUUGGACGUCCUUACUCCUGUUCUCCACGAGCGUAUGAAUGCGGCUGGAACUCCUGACACAUGGAUUAACUGGGUGAAAAGGGUGAUGGUAGAAAACUCCUCUAGUCAAAACAACAUCUUAUAUCAAUUUUUGAUAAACCAUCCUGAUUUGUUUUUUAAUUCAAGGGAUUUGUUCAUAUCAAAUAUUAUUCAUCAUAUGAAUAAGAUAACGUUCAUGACAAAUUCAAGCCCCGAUAGCCAUACUUUAGCUAUUGAUUUGGCUUCAUUAAUUCUUUAUUGGGAAAACAAGUCCUUGGAUAUCACCAAUGGAAAUAAUACCAAGACUGAUGUCGAAGGCGACGUUGUCAUGACCGAUUCUAAAAAUGAUGUCGGGCCAAUUGAAUCGGAUACAACCGCAAUCAUUGUGGAUGCAGAUAAUAAUUCCCCUAUAUCCUUACACUUACGCGAAGCUUGUACGGCGUUCUUAAUAAGAUAUGUUUGUGCAAGUAAUCACCGCGCUAUAGAAACAGAAUUGGGAUUAAAAGCUAUUAAUAUUUUGUCGGAGUUGAUCUCAGAUAAACACUGGACAAAUGUCAAUGUUAAGUUAGUGUACUUCGAAAAGUUCUUAAUUUUCCAAGACCUUGAUUCCGAGAAUAUUCUUUACUAUUGUAUGAAUGCGCUAGAUGUGCUAUACGUAUUUUUCAAGAAUAAGACAAAGGAAUGGAUAAUGGAAUGUUUGCCUACUAUACAAAAUCUUCUGGAAAAAUGUAUCAAAUCCGAUCAUCACGAUGUGCAGGAGGCCCUUCAAAAAGUGUUACAGGUAAUCAUGAAAGCAAUAAAAGUUCAAGGUAUUUCAGUGGUAGCGGAAGAGGAGAGUUCCGGGAAAACGUUUCUCCAAAUGUUAAUAUCUGUCAUUACUCAAGAUCUUCAGGAAACUUCAUCUGUCACAGCAGGUGUAACAUUAGCAUGGGUGGUUUUCAUGAAUUUCCCAGACAAUAUCGUACCACUGCUAACACCUUUAAUGAAGACAUUCAGCAAAUUGUGCAAAGAUCACUUAAGUAUUUCUCAACCGAAAGAUGCAAUGGCUUUGGAAGAGGCGAAAAUUACAACCAAGCUUUUAGAAAAAGUUUUAUAUAUGUUAUCUCUGAAGGUGUCAUUGUUAGGUGAUUCCCGUCGCCCUUUUCUUUCUACUGUGGCACUGUUGAUUGAUCACUCCAUGGAUCAAAGUUUCUUGAGGAAAAUUGUCAAUAUGUCCAGAAGUUGGAUAUUUAACACCGAAAUAUUUCCAACAGUCAAAGAAAAAGCAGCUAUUUUGACCAAAAUGCUUGCUUUUGAAAUUAGAGGGGAACCUUCUUUGUCAAAAUUAUUCUAUGAAAUUGUCUUGAAGCUAUUUGACCAGGAGCAUUUUAAUAAUACAGAGAUUACCGUGAGAAUGGAACAGCCUUUCCUCGUAGGAACGCGUGUUGAAGAUAUCGGUAUUAGAAAAAGGUUCAUGUCGAUUUUGGAUAACAGUUUGGAAAGAGAUAUCAAAGAGAGAUUAUAUUAUGUCAUACGUGACCAAAACUGGGAAUUCAUUGCCGACUAUCCGUGGUUAAAUCAAGCUUUACAGUUAUUAUAUGGUUCUUUCAAUAGAGAAAAAGAACUUUUUUUAAGAGACUUUUACUGCUUAUCUCCACCAUCUAUUUUACAAAAAUACCUCCCGGAAAAUGUGGAAAUGCUAACUGAAGUGGACGACCAAAAAUUAUUAGCAUUUGUUAAUGGCCACAUAUCUUCUAUGCAAGGUUUAUGUCAAGUUAACUCUUCAGAGUUUAUCGAUGCACUAAUUGAGAUAUUUUACCAAGAUCCGAAAGCAGUCCACAAGGCGUGGGUUACCUUAUUCCCUCAAGUAUAUAAAAGUAUCCCUAAGAAUGAAAAAUAUGGAUUUGUUCGUUCGAUCAUUACAUUAUUAUCUAAGCCUUAUCAUACCAGACAAAUUUCCUCUAGGACUAAUGUCAUUAAUAUGCUCUUAGACUCCAUUAGUAAAAUCGAAUCGCUAGAGUUGCCCCCUCAUCUGGUCAAAUACUUGGCGAUAUCAUACAACUCGUGGUAUCAAUCAAUCAACAUUUUAGAGUCCAUUCAAAUUAAUACUGGGAUCGAUAACGCAAAAAUUAUUGAGGCCAAUGAGGAUGCACUAUUAGAACUAUACGUAAAUUUGCAGGAAGAAGACAUGUUUUACGGUCUAUGGAGACGAAGAGCAAAAUAUACCGAGACAAAUAUUGGCUUAUCAUAUGAGCAAAUUGGGCUCUGGGACAAGGCUCAACAGCUAUAUGAAGUUGCACAGGUGAAAGCCCGUAGCGGAGCUUUACCUUACUCGCAAUCUGAGUAUGCACUAUGGGAAGAUAAUUGGAUACAAUGUGCUGAGAAAUUACAACAUUGGGACGUAUUGACUGAAUUAGCAAAACACGAAGGGUUUACGGACUUGCUAUUAGAAUGUGGCUGGCGUGUUGCUGACUGGAAUAGUGACCGUGACGCACUUGAGCAAUCAGUAAAAAGCGUAAUGGAUGUUCCAACUCCACGUAGGCAAAUGUUUAAGACCUUUUUGGCUCUCCAAAAUUUCGCAGAAACUCGAAAAGGCGAUCAGGAAGUUAGAAAGCUUUGUGAUGAGGGAAUACAAUUAAGUUUGAUCAAGUGGGCGUCUUUACCUGUUAGAUACACCCCCGCUCACAAAUGGUUAUUACAUGGAUUUCAACAAUAUAUGGAGUUUUUGGAGGCAACACAGGUGUAUGCCAACUUGCAUACAACGACGGUACAGAAUCUGGAUUCCAAAGCUCAAGAAAUCAAGCGUAUUUUACAGGCUUGGAGGGACCGCCUUCCAAACACAUGGGACGACGUCAAUAUGUGGAAUGAUUUAGUCACAUGGAGACAACAUGCAUUCCAGGUCAUUAAUAAUGCAUAUCUUCCACUAAUACCGGCACUCCAGCAAUCAAACAGUAAUAGUAACAUCAAUACUCAUGCUUAUAGAGGAUAUCACGAAAUUGCUUGGGUGAUCAACAGGUUUGCACAUGUUGCAAGAAAACACAACAUGCCUGACGUGUGUAUUAGUCAAUUGGCACGUAUAUACACCUUGCCAAAUAUUGAGAUCCAAGAGGCUUUCCUGAAACUAAGAGAACAGGCCAAAUGCCAUUAUCAAAAUAUGAACGAAUUGACAACUGGUUUGGACGUCAUUAGCAAUACUAAUCUGGUUUACUUUGGUACCGUACAGAAAGCUGAAUUUUUCACGUUAAAGGGUAUGUUUUUAUCUAAACUGCGCGCAUAUGAGGAGGCCAAUCAAGCUUUUGCAACGGCUGUCCAGAUUGACUUAAAUUUAGCUAAAGCGUGGGCUCAAUGGGGUUUCUUCAAUGAUCGUCGGUUGUCUGAGGAACCUAAUAACAUCAGUUUUGCCAGUAAUGCAAUCAGUUGCUACUUACAAGCCGCUGGACUAUAUAAGAACUCUAAAAUCAGGGAACUGUUGUGCAGGAUUUUAUGGCUCAUCAGUAUGGAUGAUGCUUCAGGUAUGCUUACAAACGCAUUUGAUUCAUUUAGGGGUGAAAUUCCCGUGUGGUACUGGAUUACCUUUAUUCCACAACUAUUAACUUCUUUAUCACAUAAGGAAGCUAACAUGGUUCGCCAUAUUUUGAUCAGAAUAGCUAAAAGUUAUCCUCAAGCUCUACACUUCCAGUUAAGAACAACAAAGGAAGACUUUGCUGUUAUUCAGAGGCAAACAAUGGCUGUUAUAGGGGAUAAAUCCGAUACAAAUGAUCGUAAUGGACGUCGUCAACCUUGGGAGUAUUUACAAGAAUUGAAUAAUAUAUUGAAGACAGCUUAUCCAUUAUUGGCUUUAUCCCUAGAGUCCCUUGUUGCCCAAAUAAACGACCGGUUUAAAUCGACUACUGAUGAAGAUCUUUUCAGAUUGAUAAACGUUCUUUUAAUUGAUGGAACAUUGAAUUACAAUCGCCUACCAUUUCCUAGAAAAAAUCCAAAACUUCCUGAAAAUACGGAAAAAAAUUUAGUUAAAUUUUCUACGACUUUGCUGGCGCCCUACAUAAGACCAAAAUUCAAUGCCGAUUUCAUUGAUAAUAAGCCUGAUUACGAAACUUAUAUUAAGAGGUUACGGUACUGGCGUAGGAGGCUGGAAAAUAAACUUGAUAGAGCAUCAAAGAAAGAGAAUUUAGAAGUACUAUGUCCACAUCUAAGUAACUUCCAUCACCAAAAAUUUGAGGAUAUCGAGAUUCCCGGUCAAUAUCUUUUGAACAAGGACAAUAAUGUUCACUUUGUUAAAAUUGCAAGAUUUUUGCCCACAGUUGAUUUUGUUCGCGGAACUCAUUCAUCAUACAGGCGUUUGAUGAUUCGUGGACAUGACGGUAGUGUGCAUUCAUUUGCUGUUCAAUACCCAGCUGUUCGUCAUUCAAGAAGAGAAGAAAGAAUGUUCCAAUUAUAUAGAUUAUUCAACAAAUCACUAUCCAAGAAUGUGGAAACAAGACGUCGUAAUAUCCAAUUCAAUUUGCCGAUAGCAAUUCCACUGUCUCCUCAAGUUCGUAUCAUGAAUGAUAGUGCUUCUUUCACUACUCUUCAUGAAAUACAUAACGAAUUUUGUAAGAAAAAAGGAUUUGAUCCGGAUGAUAUUCAAGAUUUUAUGGCGGACAAGUUAAAUGCAGCACAUGACGAUGCCUUGCCUGCUCCAGAUAUGACUAUAUUGAAAGUUGAAAUUUUCAAUUCUAUUCAAACGAUGUUCGUACCAUCAAAUGUCUUAAAAGAUCAUUUUACUUCUUUGUUUAUUCAAUUUGAGGAUUUCUGGUUAUUCCGUAAACAGUUUGCGUCACAAUACAGUGCGUUUGUCUUCAUGUCCUACAUGAUGAUGAUUAACAACCGUACUCCUCACAAAAUCCAUGUUGACAGAAAAUCUGGUAAUGUGUUUACUUUGGAGAUGCUACCUUCAAGAUUUCCAUACGAAAGGGUGAAGCCGUUGCUAAAGAAUCAUGACCUAAAUCUUCCCCCGGAUUCCCCAAUAUUUCAUAACAAUGAGCCAGUGCCAUUUAGGUUGACGCCUAAUGUCCAAACUCUGAUAGGUGAUUCCGCUUUGGAAGGUAUAUUUGCUGUUAACUUAUUUACAAUAUCACGUGCUCUAAUCGAACCUGAUAAUGAGUUGAACACAUACUUGGCACUUUUCAUCCGCGACGAGAUUAUUUCAUGGUUUAGUAACCUCCACCGUCCAAUAAUUGAAAAUCCACAAUUGCGUGAGAUGGUUCAAACCAAUGUAGACCUAAUAAUAAGAAAGGUAGCACAAUUGGGUCAUCUAAACUCAACACCUACGGUUACGACGCAAUUUAUUUUAGACUGUAUUGGCAGCGCUGUUAGCCCAAGAAACUUAGCCAGAACUGACGUUAACUUUAUGCCAUGGUUCUAG